GUUAAAGCCCCAAAAACAAAACGUGUGGGACGUGGCACGUGCGAUUAUUUCUCAUUUAUAAGGCUCGAACUUAGUCUGGACUGUAAUCUGCUGCAGCCCCCAUUCCUAGGGUUUCAUUUCCGCAUCGGUGCAAAACCCUAAUCUACUGCCGACGAUCUAAGGAAAGCAAUCCGAGCUUCAAAAAUGGUGGCCACCAAGAAAACGAAGAAGACACACGAGAGCAUCAACAGCAGGCUCGCUUUGGUGGUGAAGAGUGGAAAGUUCACUCUGGGGUACAAGACCGUGCUUGAGUCCCUCAGAAGCUCUAAGGGAAAGCUGAUCAUUAUUUCGAAUAAUUGCCCGCCCCUGCGGAAAUCCGAGAUCGAAUAUUAUGCAAUGCUUGCCAAAAUUGGAGUCCACCAUUACAACGGAAAUAAUGUGGACUUGGGAACAGCCUGUGGAAAGUACUUCCGCGUUUCUUGCCUUAGCAUUAUUGAUCCAGGUGAUUCUGAUAUCAUUAAGACAUUGCCAGGUGUCCAGUAAGCUGUUCUAGUUUUGCGAUCUCAUUGCAUCGCCAUGAGUUAAAUUAUCACCAUUUCAUUUCCUUUGUUCUCGGAAUUUUUUCUUGAGGAUUCAUGAAUGUUCAGCACCUCCAUGGAUGUUGUAAGAGUUCGAGUUUACACCAUUUACCUAUUCCUAGCAAUAUUACAAAAUCUUUUACCUUUUUAAAUAUUGCUAAAAUGUUUUGAAACCUUACUCUUUUGUGUUUAAGUAAAAAGCUAUUUCACUGCAUCAA